CUAUAACGGUAUCAGCUAGUAUUCCACACGCGACAGAGAUCAUACACAGUGUAUAGGCGUUUCGUUUUUCUCAUUCAUUAAUAACCUCAAAUAACGAACAAGCAUCGUUCGAUACACGAUAUCAUCACGGGGAAAGGUUAUACUCCACCGGGCUUAAUAUUACUCUCCCUGAACACAGAUAUCAAAUAUACCCCAGUAAUAUCGGCGUGUGAUUCAUCGCGCACUCAGCACCAUCUUUCCGCUAUGGCUAAGAACCUAACAUCAAGGGCAGCCAACAUAAUAUGGAAGCACGUGUCCGAUAAAUCCAACAGAUUGUCACAAUGUCGAUAUUAUACAGCACAUGGUGCCAAGAAAUCUGCAGCGUUAAAGAAAAUGUUAACAUCAUCAAAUUUAGAAUAUAUAAUGGAAGCUCAUAACGGUCUUAGUGCUAAAAUAGUUGAAGAAGCAGGUUUUCAGGGUAUCUGGGCAAGUGGUUUAGCCAUGUCGGCACAAAUGGGUGUAAGGGACAGUAACGAGGCAUCAUGGACUCAAGUCGUUGAUAUUUUAGAGUUUAUGAGUGAAGCAACGGAAAUACCGAUAUUAGUUGAUGCCGACACAGGAUACGGAAACUUUAAUAAUGCUCGUAGAUUAGUGGGCAAAUUAGAGGAACGAGGUGUUGCAGGCGCAUGUUUUGAAGAUAAAUUAUUUCCAAAAACAAACAGUCUCCAUGACGACAGACAUCAACCAUUAGCUGACAUGGAAGAAUUCGCUUUAAAAAUAAAGGCUUGUAAAGAUUCGUUACGGGAUCCUAAUUUUUGUAUCGUAGCUCGUGUAGAAGCGUUUAUCGCAGGUUGGGAGUUAGAAGAAGCCUUAAAACGAUCUGAAGCUUAUAGUAAUGCAGGUGCUGAUGCUAUAUUAAUGCACAGUAAAAAAAGUGAUCCAUCAGAAAUAGAAGCAUUCAUGAAAGCCUGGAAUCAUAAAACACCUGUUGUCAUAGUACCUACUAAAUAUUACACAACACCAACACAGCAAUUUAAAGAUUGGGGUGUUUCCAUGGUGAUAUGGGCCAAUCAUAAUAUACGAACGUCUGUAAAGGCCAUGCAGGAUGUCACGGCUCAAAUAUAUAAAGAACAAAGUUUAAUAGGAAUAGAAAAAGAAAAAAAGGUUGUACCUGUUAAAGAAAUCUUCCGAUUACAGAAUGAUCACGAAUUAGUUCAAGCAGAAAAUAAAUAUUUACCUAAAUAAUGUUUCUUACACUAUAGGAUUUAAACAAUUAUAUUAACUUAAAAUUUAAUUAAUAAUAAAGGGUAAAUAGGUAACUCUACUAAUUAAAAUCUAAAAGGGAGGUAGAUCUACUAACUUAGAAUUUAAUUAAUUCAAAAAGGGAGGUAGAUCUACCAACUUGGAAUUUAAUUACUUCCAUAAAGGGAGGUAGAUCUACUAACUUGGAAUUUAAUUAAUUCAAAAAAGGGAGGUAGAUUUACUAACUUGGAAUUUAAUUAAUUUAAAAAAGGGAGGUAGAUCUACUAACUUAGAAUUUAAUUUAUUCAAAAAGGGAGGUAGAUCUACUAACUUAGAAUUUAAUUAAUUCAAAAAGGGAGGAAGAUCUACUAACUAGGAAUUUAAUUUAUGGGGGGAGGUAGAUCUACUAACUUGGAAUUUGAUUAAUUCAAAAAGGAAGCUCGAGGUAGAUCUACUAACUUGUAAUUUAAUAAUCUUUGAUAGUCAUUUAGUAACUGGAUAGAGCAAUAAACUAUAAACAUAUACUUAUGGAAGAACAAUUACUGGUUUAUUUAGUUAAUAAUGUUGAGAGAAUACUCUUCGAAACGUCAGCCAAAAAAACAAGUAGCUGUUUUUCCCAAAGUAUGUUAUAGUUUAUUGGAAUUUAAUAAUUUCAAAAAUUGGGAAGUAGAAAUUUCUCUCACAGCAGACUCUAUGAUGCACAUCUUCACUAGCCAGGUUGAUGCAGGAUAGUAGAGCAUUACACCCCCAUUUCAUUUCAUUUCAUGUAGUGUAAAAACCUUCAAAAUAAAUGAAAUGAAAGUGUAAACUGAUUUUAAACAAUCUGAUUAAAACACAGAUCCUAUUUCGUUUUGUUUUUUAUAGUUCAAAAUUUCGUUUUAUUUGUCUUUACUACACUAGGAUCUGGAACAGUUGUUAUAUAACCGGCAUUCUGGAUGGCGUGAGGGAUUAGCCAAUGAAACCAUCUGUUACGGCAAGUUCUUGGCGUGCGAUGCACGGAACUGUGGGUAAACCACUAGAAACGUCAUCGCUGAUUGAUAAAUCAAUGUCAGACGUCAUAAGGUCAAAAGCCGCUCGUACGACCCCUUAUGUAUAAAAAAUAAAACGAAAUAUAGAUCUGUAUUUUAAUCAGAUUGGAUUUUAAAUAGGAUAAUUUUAUAUCAUGGGUAGAGUUCUACUUCUUAGUUAUCAUCAUCAUUUUACCAAAGAUAAUUUUAAUAUGCAAAAUUUAUUGUAUGCUCAAUUUUAGCUUAAAUGUCAAUAUUUUAUUACUUCGUCUGUGUGUAAUUAUUAUUAUAUAUUUGCUUUAUUUAAAUUCGAGUGGGGUGGUUUCGAUUCCUCCCUAGUACAUGACAAGGAGUAGGGUCGCCUGUUCAGCCUCGUGAGUUUUCUUCGGGUCCUCUGAUUUUCUUCCACUGCUAAAGACCCCUAUGCACAAGCAAAUUAUUGAAAUAAAAUUGAACCAUAUUGUUAGUCCCAAAAUGACCUAGUUCAUGUUGAGUGGAGGUUACACUCUAUCUCCCUCUCUCUCUCUCUCUCUCACAGAGGUAAUUUUCAUUGGUUAAGAUCUAAAAUUUGUACUAGGAUUUUAAUCUUCAACCAAUGAAAUGGCUGUAUUUUUGACAUAUUUUUGUUUAAGUGUUAUGAAUAGGGACCCAGAUCAUUUUAUCCAUCAUGUUGUGGUUUAAUUUGUCAAGUGUUUACAUGUUACGUUUGACAGAAGUGUGGGGGGGGGGGGUAUCUCUUAAAGAUGCAUUAUGCAAUCAAUGACUUUACUAUCAUACCAACGGUAGCAAUGAUAAUCAAGACUCAACUAUUCUCCAAACAGCCCUAAAGUCCCUCAGAAUGAAAUAAUCUGACUGAAAUUUUCAAAAUAUUUCCUUUUCAUUAUCUAGUUUUUAAUUAUUAUAGCGAGAAUGGCCAGCUCAUUAUAUAAAUCGUACAUGAUGCUUCUUUAAACUGGGUUUUUUGGUACAAUGAUUCAACUGGGGUUUUGGGUUAAAUGAUUCAUCUGUGGUUUUGGGUACAAUUAUUCAUCUGUGGUUUUUGGUACCAUACUUGAGAGACAAAGCAUAAUUAUUACACCACAGUGUAAAUGUGUCGUAUAUGUGGGGGCAAUGCAAUAAAAGGGAUAUAAUUUCAAGGGUAACGUAUCAUAUUUUAACCAAUUGAUUGACCAAAAAUGUCUUUGAAAUAAUGUCACAUUAUAAAUGGAUCAUGUGUUAAAAUCACUUGGAAAUAGUGCUAAAAUCACUUUACAAGUGUUAAGAUAACUCUUAAGUUUGCAAAAAGAAAAUUUAAUGUUAUUCAGGUACCAUUUUCAAGUUAGAAACCUGUUAUCACCAUACACAAGCCUGCAAAUAAGGCACCUGUCACAGACAAUGUCAGACACAGAUCAGGUUUUGUCAGGCACAAAACCUCUGGUGACUGUCAUUUUGGUCUGGCACUGAUUUGUCUUUUUUUUUAUAUUAUUAAUACAUGUCAGGCACUAAGUUGAAAAUGGCAGGUACUAUUUCUGAUAUUUUGUCAGGUACAUCUAAAACCGUUAUUACCAGGUCUGACCAUCGAUACGAAUUGAUGCAUAAUAAACAGUAGUGUAUGUACAGCCAUUGCUAUUUAUUUAUUGCGAUUUUAUUGAAUUAAUAAUUAAUAUAAUGACUUUAAAUUAACAAUAAUUCACGAUAUUUACUCAUUGUAUUUAUAAGAAAUAAAAGUAUUUAUGCAGAUA